AAUAAGUGUGCGUGUAAAAUAAGCAUUGGCUAAUAUUUGGACGAGAAAUUAUAGUUUAUUUUUCUUCUCGCCUGCCAGGUUAUUAUUGUUAUUUCGCACCACUGUGCCAAUACAGACCGUCACUUGACUCUCAACACCUAAAUACAGUCAUCUGUGACAUUAGGCUUGACUGAGCAACUGCCGAUGUAGUUGUGGACGAUCUAGUCAGCUGUUCUGUCUCUGAAUCCCCUCCCCCUGUUACGGCAGCCCUUUAAAGACCUCCUCUUCCUCCCGUGCCCCUUGUGAUGCCUCCUCCAUGCUGUGGCUUCCUGUCACAGUUCACCCAUCACCACCUGGUCGCUUUCCUCCUAACCUUCUUUAGCUAUGUUGUGCUGCAUGCGUCCAGGAAGACCUUCAGUAACGUGAAGGUCAGCAUCUCAGCACAGUGGACUCCUUCACUGAAAAACAGCAGCUCUCCUGAGUUUGCCCCUGGAGAGACAUGGGAUGACAACAGGCUGUUUGCAAACGAGGAGGAGGCGACUCUGUUCCUGGGGGCGCUGGACACAAUCUUCCUGUUCUCCUACGCUGUGGGCCUGUACGUGAGCGGGGUUAUUGGAGAUAGACUCAACCUGCGCUAUGUGCUCUGCUGUGGACUGUGUGGCUCUGCAGUGGUGGAGUGUGUGUUUGGCACAGUGACAGAGUGGUUGGGUGUAUACAGUGUCCCUCUCUACUGCUGCCUGUGGACCCUGAACGGCUUGCUGCAGUCUGCUGUCUGGCCCUGCGUUGUGGCGGUCAUGGCCAACUGGUUUGGCAAGUCUGGGCGAGGGUGUGUGUUCGGGCUGUGGAGUGCCUGUGCCUCAGUCGGAAACAUCCUGGGAGCCUUCCUGGCCUCCAGCGUCCUGAAGUACGGAUAUGAGUAUGCUUUCCUGCUCACCUCCGUGGUGCAGUUUGCAGGGGGAGUGGUGGUGUUCUUUGGUCUGCUCACAUCCCCUAAGGAAGCAGGUCUGAGUGUGGAGAGUGAGACUGGUCUGAGCCCGGUGGAGACAGACUCAGACAGCCAUCGUCCUCUAAUGAGUGAUGAAGAGGAGGAGGAGGAGGAGGUGUGUGAUGGAGGAUACUACUCUGUCCAACAACAGGAAGAGGAGGAACCAAAGGAACCACAGCAGCCUAUCAGCUUCUGCCAGGCCUUCUGUCUGCCAGGAGUACUUCCUUACUCGCUGGCGUACGCGUGUUUGAAGUUGGUCAACUACUCCUUCUUCUUCUGGCUGCCGUUCUACCUGAGCAGCAACUUUGGCUGGAAGGAGGCGGAGGCUGACCGCCUGUCUGUCUGGUACGAUGUGGGAGGUAUCAUAGGAGGGACAGUGCUGGGUCUGCUGUCUGACUGUCUGGGGAAGAGAGCUCCAGUCUUGGCCCUCAGUCUCCUGCUGGCUAUGGGGGCCCUGGUGGGCUACAGCCGCUCUCCCAACGAUCAGCUGGUGAACGCCGCCCUGCUGGCCACCUCAGGCUUCUUCAUCGGGGGCCCAUCCAACAUGAUCAGCUCUGCUAUCUCAGCAGACCUGGGCCGGCAGCCAGCCCUGCGGGGACGCCUGGACGCCCUGGCCACCGUCACCGGCAUCGUGGACGGAACUGGCAGCAUCGGGGCAGCCGGGGGCCAGUACCUGGUCUCCCUCAUCGAGAGCAAGCUGGGAUGGAUGUAUGUGUUCUACUUCUUCAUCAUCAUGACAGGGGGCAGCGUGGUGUUCAUUUCGCCUCUGAUCUGCACUGAGGUACGAGCCAUAUGGAGGGAGAGGCGGGCACAGACCAGCCAGCUAUGAUCCUGUUCCUGCUCCUCCUCUCUUCUUUCCACCACUUGACCAUACUGUAUGUAAAGUAGAGUGUUAGUGGAGGAAAGAUGUAAAUUCUUGAUUUGACCUGAGAGAUGCCAAGGGCAACGUGCUUGGGCUGGUCUCCUAGGCAACGCCCUCGGGUUGGUCUCCUUGGCAAUGGACCCACGUAAAUAUCUGUCUCUUACCAUAUGGUAACACACACUCACACAAGCUACACACACACUCACACAAGCUACACACACACUCACGAGUCACAUUCACACUCACAAGCUACAUAGACUCACACAAGCUACACACACUCAACGAUCAUCUGUGAAAUGCUUUUCAUCGUAGACCCUUCUAUGCAUCCUCCUCUGUCAGAUUAUAUUAUAGGAUGGACUGCUUCUCUGAUUUAUAAUGCAAUUAGCUUCAUUCUGGAGGAAAUUAACACAAACAUGGUUACCUAGUAAUGAUGGCACAAGCUCCUGAGGCUGAACGGAGGCCUGUUCCAUAAAGCCAGUUUACUGAAUAAGCCAGGCUUAUGUCAGUUAGUCAGACUCAUUUACAGUUGAUUUGGUUCCAUAAAGCCAGUUUACUGAAUAAGCCAGGCUUAUGUCAGUUAGUCAGACUCAUUUACAGUUGAUUUGGUUCCAUAAAGCCAGUUUAAUGUAGUUCGAACUCAGUUACUAUGGCAACUUAUGCUUCGAAACUAGCCUGGUUCGGGGCAGGCUAACUGUCAGGCUUAGACCGUGUUGUUGCUGUAACACUGACCCAACGGGAAAAUGACUUUCUGGCGUGAUGCCAUAUUUAACUUUUUUCGCCACUAUUAGUUCAAAUGUUACAUUUAUAGAAAAUCAACUUCAAAAAAAAAACAUGUAGGCUAAUACAUUAAACAAUGAUUUCAGAAUGAUACAAACCUACAUUUUACUUAUGUUAGUUUCAUAAAACAUUGCUCAUUGCUUCAUAGGCCUAAGUCAUGUACAAUUGCAAAAACAAACCUAAAUCCAUGCCUCUAUCCUCCAUUUUCCCAAUACAAAAACCAUGUUAAGAAGUAAGAAGUGAUUUAUUGUAGGCUAUUUAUUUAAAACAAUUUAAAAAAAGUCAAUGUAGAUGUGUUUAGUGGGCCAUGUUUUUGUGAUCAAUGAAGUAAAGGUCUAUUUAAAAAGGACCUCAACCCACGUAUUGUUCAUGUCAAUCACAGCGUGUCAUUUUGAUGAGGUGAUGGAUGAGGGAGCUGUCAUAGUACACCUUAAAGAGAACGAUCUUUCUGGAAGAAGUAAUGUGGCCGUGAACAUGUAGUUUUGCCGUGGUGGAUCGAUAUGAUCCCUGUUCUACCUCUUGGGCUGGUUAAGAAUAUGGGGCACCCGCAAUUAUCUUGACUACUUGAAUCUGACUUGAAGUAGUCGGAGUGCGUGAACUAGAAUUGGCCUUUAUGGAACCACUUUAGUCCCGACUGACUUGUUAGGGUUAGGGUUGUUUGGUUAGUUCAAGUCAGGUUUGGGACUUUAAUCCCAGUUUUAUGGAACAGACCUCUGGUGUUGAAGCAGCAGUGACGGUACUGAAGACCACAGCUGUCCAGAACAUCUGAUCUGUCUGGAAGGCUGUCCAGAACAUCUGAUAUGUCUGGAAUACUGUCCAGAACAUCACCCUCUGAUCUGUCUCUGGAAUGUAAAUGUUCUCGUCAACCUGUGGUUUAUACUUUCUUAUGUGCAGCUGUGUAAAUUAUUGUUGUUGUUUUUAUAAUACAAGUCACUACACUUUUACAA